GUGAACGUACCACAUGAGAUACUGCAACCCCCUUUUUAAUUCUCUGCCACUUCACGCGGAUCUUGUCUUAGUUUUGCUGGGCACAGAUUCUCGUUCACUGCCUAUUUAGCACCAUGGAGGCUUAGAGCUGCUUCACCAUAGAAGUUCUAUGGCGACUUGGGUGCACACAAUCACGUAUCCCUUGAGGAAGGCCCGCAGUUUCUUCUCAUCUGCUAAGAACAGGAAGACUCAUUCAGAGUGCCAAAUAAAACAGUUGGAUCUCCACGGGGAAGUCAUGGCAUGCGCCUAUGAGGAUGUCCAGGUGAUGUGGUCGAUGCUGAAGGAGUCCAGAUCAUGCAUUGCCCAGUCCUGAGAUGAAGCAUGCCAUCACAAAAUGUAUCUAUCAUCUAGGUUUUUUCAAUCCACUGUGUAAAUAUGGGGCAUUUGAGGUCUGAAUCAGAUGCCUUGUAGCAGCAGUUAGGCUUUGCAUCUUUGGUAUCCACAUGAUGCAAGAACAUCAUGGUGAGAUUUUGUUGCAAAGACUUUUAAACAUGUAGGUACUUUUCCGGUCUCUUGUUUUCUGAGAUCAGAGAAAUGUUGAGGUAUCUUAUUGUGGAUCAGUUGUAUGCUAGCAUGGCAUGGCGAU